AUGACGAAAGUAUUCAUUGUUGGUGGAACCGGCCAUGCCGGCGGUGCUCUACUCGACCUUGCGCUGCAAAAGCAUCCGCAGCUCGAUUUCAAGGUCCUGGUUCGCGAUGAGAACAAAGCAGCGAGGCUGAAGGGCAAAUACCCAUCCGUCCAGACCACCCUCGGCGACCUGUCCAGCCACCAGACCCUGCAAGACGAGGCGCGCAACGCAGACAUCGUCAUCAACGCGGCCCCGGACAUCACGCACCAAGAGGGCGUCUCGGCCAUCCUGGCAGGCCUCAAGGACGGCAGCCGGGCGCGCAAGGGGUUCUACAUCCACCUCUCCGGCGCGGCGACCUUCUACACCAAGGACCCCAACGGCCGCAAGGAGGGCCGGGUCUGGGACGACGUGACAGACAUGGACGAGAUCCUGGCGACGGACCAGUCGUACACGCACGUCCCCACCGACAACCUCGUGCGCUCCGCCAGCGCGGACGCCCACGUCGCCGUCGUCUCGCCCGUCGGCAUCGGCGGCAUCAGCCCCUCCCUCGAGCACCCGGUGCCGCUGACGACGGGGCCCCUCUUGAACACCGCGCGCGCCUUCGGGUCCGGCUUCGAGAUCGCCCGGGGGGAGAACGAGAGCGGCUGGGUGCACGUCCUCGACCUCGCGCGCGCGAUGCUCCUCCUCGUCGACAACGCCCUCGCCGCCCUCGCGGGGGAUGGGCAGCCCGCCGAGCCGGCGGGGUUCCCCCUCUGGGGGGACCGGGCGUACUACUUCGUGCGCGCCGAGGACGUAUCCUUCCACGACCUCCAGUCUGCGAUGGUCCCCGCGCUGCGGCGGCACGGCGUCGUGGGGUCGGACGAGAUCAGGAGCGUGACGCACACGCAGGCGGCGCGGACGUGCCUCGCCGGGAGCAGCGAGUUCGACCCGGACGCGCCGCUGCCGCCUCCCGACUCGUGGGUCAUCCACCUCGCCACCUGGUUCGGGAUCAACAUGCGGGUGCGGUCGGAGAGGCUGGCGGCGCUUGGGUGGAAGCCGGUGGAGAAGAGCAUCCUCGGGGACUGGGAGGCGGCUAUCGAUGAGUUCCUGAAGAGGGAGGGUGGCUCGUGA